AUGGGCUCCCCUAUUCUUCCCUUUUCCCCUAUUCUUCCCUUUUCCCCUAUUCUUCCCUUUUCCCCUAUUCUUCCCUUUUCCCCUAUUCUUCCCUUUUCCCCUUUCUUCCCUUUUCCCCUAUUCUUCCCUUUUCCCCUAUUCUUCCCUUUUCCCCUAUUCUUCCCUUUUCCCCUAUUCUUCCCUUUUCCCCUAUUCUUCCCUUUUCCCCUAUUCUUCCCUUUUCCCCUAUUCUUCCCUUUUCCCCUAUUCUUCCCUUUUCCCCUAUUCUUCCCUUUUCCCCUAUUCUUCCCUUUUCCCCUAUCCUUCCCUUUUCCCCUAUUCUUCCCUUUUCCCCUAUUCUUCCCUUUUCCCCUAUUCUUCCCUUUCCCGCUAUUCUUCCUUCCCCCCACCUUCUUUCCUCCACGCACCCCUCCUCUCCCCCGUGGCCGCUGGCCGGGACGAGAGCAUAGUGAUCGAGCUGCUAUUACCUCACCCUUCCCCCUCUCUCCCGCCUCACCUUCCCCAAUCUCUUCUCCCUCUCCCUGUGCUAUUAGGAGCAUAGUGCUCAAACUGCUGGAGACAUUACCUCACCCUUCCCCAUCUCCCCCGCCUCACCUUCCCCCUCCUCCCCCCCUUCCCCCGAUUCCCCGUGGCUAUCAGGAGGUGUUUGCGGAUGCCAGUCGGGACGAGAGCAUAGUGAUCGAGCUGCUAGAGAUGAAGGCUGACGUGGCGGACGCUGAUUCGUCCAGGUGGUUCCUGGAAGAUCUGAUGCGCGAGCAGGAGGCACAGCCUGGCAGUGUGACCCCUCCUCCAAUUUUUCCCUCUCGCCCCCCGUCCCCCAAACCUCCUCAACCCCUGACGUCCUCCACUCUCCCUCCCUUCCGCCACCAGGUCUGCCUGCCCAAUCUUCACCUGCGCAACGUGCACGUUGCACAGCAAAGAGACAUGCUUAUCCCUCUCAACUCGAGUUCUGAGGCGCCUCAAAAACUGAAACUUCUCAUUCCCUGCCUCUCCCUCACUCACCACCCCCAGGUCUACUUGGCCAAUCUUCGCCUGCGCAAUGUGCACACAGACAUGCUUAUAACAGUCAACGAGCCGCUCUUUAUCAGUGAGCAGAGUGAGAGUGCGGCAGCAGCGGGGACGGCAGGAGUCACGCAGGCAGCAGCACAGGAGGCAUCGGCAGGGGUGCUGGGAGCCACAGCCGGCGGGCAGGUGUUUCAACGGCUGCUUGCAUCGUUCAAGGUCAAUGAUUGGGGGCUGUUUGGGCCGCAAGAGUAG